AUGUCUAGCCGCUUCGUUUCUGGCGGGACGAUAAGCGGAGAAGGGUCGAAGGACGAGAGCGGACACGAGGUUGUUGCCGCGGCAAGGGAGCCGCUCGCGAAGAAGAGCGUUGAGUGGGAGACGGUGCAGCAUGAGCUUGAUGAGGAGAGGAAGCGGAGAGAGCAGGCGAGGGCGGAGUUGGCGGAGGGGGGACAGCAGAGCUUGUAUGAUAUACUGCAGGCGAAUAAAGCGGCCAAGCAGGCGGCUUUUGAAGAACAGAACAAGCUCAAGAAUCAGUUCCGGGCGCUGGACGACGACGAGAUUGAGUUUCUGGACGAGGUUCGGGCGAAGGAGAGGGCGGAGGAGGAGCGGGCUCGGAGGGAGGUUGAGGAGGGAUUGAAGGCGUUUCGGACGAGGCAGAAGAGCACUGGGGGCGGCGAGACUUCGGGGCCGGCAAGGGUGGAUGGGGGAGGGGAGGAGGAGGAGGAGUGGGCGGUUGGUGGGAGGAAGAGGAAGAGGCACGAGAGGGAGGUGUUGGGGGUGAAGAAGAAGAGGAAGAAGAGUGAGAGUGAGAGUGUGGGUAAGAAGGAGAAGGAGAAGGAAAGGGAGCCUCCCAAGGAAGAGAAGAAGACGAGUCUGGGGCUUGUGGCAUAUGAUUCAGACAGCGAUGGUGACGAUGAUGAUUAA